AUGGCACAUCGGUAUUCCAUUGCCCCUCACCUGGAAUACUUGAACGUGCCAUUCGCCCAGUUCGCCGCGUCCCGACCCGAGUUUGACGCGUUUGGAGUUGCUGGCUUUAUCUUUGUUCAUUCGGCGCCUCCCACCGGCGGUCACCCUCCGCCUCGUCUUCUAUUGAUUCAACGGGCCCUGACUGAUUCUAUGCCGGGCUGUUGGGAGGGCCCUGGCGGGGCUGCUGAGCCAGAUGAGGAUCAAACCCUUUUGGAUGGUGUGGUGCGCGAAGUCGCCGAGGAGACCGGUCUGCAUGUAUCUCGAAUCGUGGAAUUAAGCUCCGUAGAUGUCCGGUACCAUGAGCGUCGGAAAAUCCGCAUUGCCAAGUAUUCCUUUAUUGUGGAGGUUCACGAAUCAACGCGUUGCUCCCCCGAUGGAGGGCUUGAGAUUGUACCGCCAGAGCAGAUUCCGGUCAGGCUCGAGCCAACAGAGCACUCGGCGUUCGACUGGGCUGCAGAAGAAGAUAUCCGAUCUUCGAUUGAGACUGGUCACGGAAGAUACAAAUUUUGGCCGUCGAUCGCGGGCUAUCCAGCCCCAGAUGUUUUAAGGGCUUUCUUGUCACUGAGGCAAGGGGAGCGCUCCUUGGUCAACAAGGUUGCGCCAAUGCCCGACAAGUGA